GACCUCUGACCCAGGAAGCUAUUUUCGGAAACCUUCUCAUUGCGGACGAUUCAGCUGCAAGUUCUGGUUCGUAGCCAUACUGAUCGAUGCCACGGACAUGAUGGAGGGUUGAGCAUUAUUUCCCAGUACAAGGAUGUUGUUGACCACGUUUAGAACUACACAAAGUAAUAUGUUACAACACAACACAAGAGGACCUGCCAUCUCGCCUUCUACGAUGCCCAGUUAGUUCUACUAUUCUAGGUUGUAAGCGUCGGCCGACAUGGGCGAGUUCCUGUGUUACAGUCAGUUCGAGCGGGAAUAUCACAACUUUCUACAGAGGCUGAAAAGAGAGCAGGAAGAUGAGCUGGAUGAGCUGAUCAAUGCUGGGAGAUUAAAGAUGGUGAAGAGGGUGCUGUACCGUCUGAUAGAAGAUGCAAUAGAUGACUCAACCCUCAAAUACCGACCUGAGUCAACAGGCACGGACAUUUCUCUUCUUGAAAAACUUCGAACAGUUUCGAAAUUACAAAACGAUCCUAUAUUCAAAGAAAAAACACCAGAGCCUUUGCUUGAACCUAAAGUAAAACGACAUAAAACCCCACCUGAUGUAUCCCACGUAGAUGUUGCUUCUGGUGAUGGUGCUGCUGGUGCUGGUGCUGGUGAAUACAGUGGGCCUGAUGAUGAUGACUCUGAUCCUGGUGUUGGUUCACAGGAGGAAGAUGAAGGUGUAGGGGUGGAGUGUGCUCCUGUUGCCAGCUCAGGCACACAAUGUGAGGAGGUGUCGACACUGGAGACCUCACUAGCACUGGAGGAUGACAGUGACAGCUCAGACUCAGAAUCGGAAUAUAGGUUAAGUGAAGAUAUAGUCGCCUUGCAGAGAGAACAGUGGGGGGAAAUCCGUGAUGAACUGUUUAGGACUGUUGAAGACAGGAAAGUCAGCAGCAUGGACACUUUCUUCAGGACCAAGUUGACCAGAGCUCUGGGGAGUGGCCCAGAUAAGAAGAUGAGAGAAUGCAAGAAUGAUGACCAAACCGACGACCGGAUGUCUGUGAAGGAGCUAGGGAAGUGCUACAUACACAUCGGUCUGGCCGAGGUUCACAGGGGGAACGCGGACAAGGCAAGCACAGCCUACCAGGAGGCCUUGACCAUAGCCCGUGAGGAAGAUGACAAGGAACUGCAUUGGUCAGCUCUGGAGGGCCUUGGUGUGGUGGAGCAUAUGAAUGACCACGCGGACGAGGCAGUCAAGUACUUCAAGAGCGCCCUGGCAAUACUGGACAACGAGUGGUCAACAAGUGCAAUCACCUCCGCCCAAGAUCGCAUCACAGCACGGAUGGGUACCCUGGGGCAUGUGGUUAAAUGACGGCGCAGUGAUGUGUAGAGAAGACUCAAACUAAGAGUCAUCAAAAGUCUUCUUCAUUUUAAGAUUGGCGAUUCUCCACAAGUGUUAAAAGUUUGAGCAGAUAAUCAUCAUAAAUGUAUAAUCAUCAGUCUCUGGUUCUGGACUCCAGAGGUUGAGUUGUGGAUACCUACUGAUCCGUUACCGUACGCUCGUCUAUAUGUAAAUCUGCAGCCUUUUAACAAACUCACUUGUAUCAGCCCCACUCUUCCAACAAUGGCUUGCAUAUCUACCUGGGGCAGGAAACGGUUGUUAAAAGAAACAAAAUUGUGUUUGUUAUGAUUUAUGUUAUUCAAAUUCAUUGAAACAUAUAUACUAAAAUGUGAGACUUUGGUGAGAUGUUUACAUUUAUAUGUUUAAUAUUGACAAGUAAUAUAUCCAAUCAGCAAAAGUUCAUUCUCAAAAUUUCGAAAGAAUGUUGACUUUGGAUUGACUGUGAUAGAUGUGUACCAGGAUAGAUGACACCUAGAUAUCUACAUAGUGUUGAAUUUGUGUGAAGAUAUAAUUCUUCUCAGGGGAUUAACAUAUUAAUGUAUAUAGUGUCCGACAGAUGUGAUCUUGCUUCUGUACUUAUGAUGUACUGAUGUAUCUGUAUUUUAUCAAUCAAACCAUUAAACAGCUUUUCUUAA